UUGCAUUUUCAACAGCAUGAUGUAAUCGUUUCCUGAUUUGUCUGUUUGAAUUUUAUUUUUGCAUACCUGCAUGCACGAGGAAAAUGAUAUCGAGGUAACCUCACAGGUCAGGGAACAUGCGAGGUGAGAGAAAAAUACAAAAGUGAAAAUACUUGUUAGAUGACUAAAGUGGGUAUUCUAUCGCCCACCAUAAAUGAGUAAAAUCUUGGUCUAAAGUGUAUUUCUGUCCCUCACCUCCACUAAGAUAACGCUGCUACCUUGUUUAAACAGGUAACUGAUAACACACAACGCAUUCCACAAACCACAGUCGUGAACCAAACAGGAAAAGAGGUGAAUUAUGUCAUCGGAAAUACUUUUAUCAAGUUUGAAAAUUUUAAUUUCAAAAGUCCAAAGAACGUCGUAACGUUUUAUUCUUUUACAACUUAUACUGUGUGGAAUAUAGUUAAGAAAAAAAAGGAAUCGAGGACACAAGCAGAGGAUAAACAAUAUGGCGGCCGUUUCAGGGCUUGUCUUGGCUGUAUUCUUGUGUAUACCGGAUAUUAUGCUGACAAAGAUCAUCGAACUAAGAGUUUCAACUAAUGUGAAAACAGGAUAUAUUGUCGGAAAAUGUGGCUGUAGUGAACACGAUUGUUUAAUUUCUAGUUCUUCCAAUUCACCUGACGUUUUUGAAAUUUCAAAUACAGGAAACAUCAUUUUGGGCAAAGACGCCAUGUUUUCCACUGGGGAAACGCACCCGGUUUCAAUUCUCACAAAAAACAAUUGUUACGACAAUAUGGCCAAGGAACAAAACUAUGUUUACCGUGUUGUUAAUUCGCCUUAUUCGGUUGCCAUGUCUACUUCUGUACUCCACAGCUCAAUGAUGCUCGGAUUCCCAGCUUUGUUAGGAAGCGUUUCCGGUUUACACCCUUAUUUGAGAAAUAAAGAUCAAAUUGUCUCAUUUAGACUCUUAGGAAGUCUGUCUGAACAUUUCAAAGUAGAAGUUGACAGUGCUAAUGAUGUCUAUAUUAUCAAGGAACAAAAUUUCCUCACAAAGGAACCUUUCCAACUAUUCCUUUUUAUUUUAGAAGUGAAAGAUGAAUACCACAUUCAAUAUUAUAACGUAGAAGUGUAUAUUGGUAACGAAUUAGAGGACUCAGAAGACAUUCUCCUAAGCCAACCUCAGCAACAAGAAUCUCAUGUUGUCGUCAAACGACAAACCUCGAUAUCGAAGGAUGUGUCGGUGUAUGAAAACACGACGGGUGUUUUGUUCAAUGUUAAAAGUAAUCAACCAACCACCACUGGGAUGCCCUUCGAGAUUGCUGGGGCCCAGCCAGAGAAUAUCUUCCAGAUUGAUGCAGAGGGCAACGUAACACUGACGGAUGGGUCUACAUUGGACUAUGAUAGGGGACACAAGACAUAUAGAAUCAACAUCAUAGUCAGAGGAUCUCUAGGAGCCCAAGUUAAUACGUACUUGGUGAAUCUAGCGGUGUUGGAUAGCAAUGACGAGAAUCCCAUCUUCCUAAAUGAGCCCCGCCCCUUUCUGACCACUGUCCGGAGUGAUAUGACCCCGGGGACUAUCUUGUACAAACUGAACGCCUCAGAUCCAGACACAGGGAGCAGCCUACGCUUCUACAUAAACGAUUCUUUUGGUUUCACUGUGGACGAAAGCACCGGAAGUAUAUCCACAACGAGGCUCUUUAAUGGUGUUGAUGACGCAAACGGUACUGAAUACGUCAUCAAUGCCUACGUGUCUGACAUUGCUGCCCCAGUCAUACAGACAACGAAUACCACGGUUAAAGUCACAGUUGGCUUGAUGGGACCUCAGUUUUUCUCUCCAUCAUAUACGGCUAACAUACGAGACGAUAAUGAAGUCAACCAAACCUUCCCAGUUUUGGACACCAAUGGAGGCCCCUCUCCCGUCAGGGCUGUUAACUUCCAGGCAGAUUUGAAUGGCAGUACAACCUAUUCUGUGUACAGCUCUGUGCAGACCAUUUCGGAUGCAUUCGCCAUCUCCGCUGACGGCAAUCUCAGAGUCCUGAAAAAGCUGCUACUGGGUGCAGACCCGCAGACAUACGAUCUCCUCAUUCAAGCACAGGACUCCUCUUCCGGUUUAUGGACAAAAGUCAAACUGACCGUACAUUUACUGAUGAACUACAAACCAGUUUUAACUUUACCAGUAUACACUGCAACAGUUCGAGAGGAUUACACAAUCAACCAAACAGUUCUUACAGUGGGCACUAUUCCUAACAACAGCUCACAACAAUUCAACUACAGUGUCGACUCUCCCUAUUUUUGGGUAGAAAACUCCAACGGCAAGGGCAUGAUUAAAGUGAAAAGUCAUCUAGAUUAUGAGGCGAAAAGUGACACAUACUACCAGGAUCAUUCGUAUACGUUUCACGUGACAGUGAAUGGAUAUAACAUGACGUCAUUAGUUGUUGUGUACCUACUGAACGUAAAUGACGAAACGCCAGUUUUCACGAGUAGCAACGAAAGCACCAUACAGGACACGAUCAGUGCUGGGCGUAUUGUGAUGAAUGUCAAGGCUAUCGACAAGGACGGAGACAAAGUGACCUAUCGAUUUCAAGAGUCCAGUGGAAUAUUUCGCAUAGACGGUAAUUCUGGACAGAUCACAAUACUGCGAGAUGGUAAUCAGCUCCCAGAAUACAUGGAUUCCUAUCAGCUGACUGUUAUUGCAGAGGAUGAUGGAAGUUGUUGUGUAGGUGGCGGAGACAGACACUCAGCAACACAGUACAUAAAAAUUAACAUUGUGGACAGCAAAAACUUCAAACCCCAGUUUACAGAAUGUAGUUCAUAUUAUAAUGCAUCCAUUUUAGAGGAAGAACUUAUAGGAACAUACGUCUUAACGGUAUCUGCAACCGACAGAAACAAAGGAGAAAACGGUGUCGUGGACUAUAAAAUCUUUAGUUUUAGAGAUGAUCUGACUCAGGAUUUUACUAUUGAGAAAGUAAAUGACUCAGGCAUCAUCAGAAGUCACGUAAAGUUUGACCGUGAAACACUCAAGGACAUCUUGAAGGUAACGGUCAUUGCCACAGACCAUGGUCAACCUCCUUUGAGCAGCGAGUGUUCUUUUAUCGUGGACGUCAUUGAUAUCAACGACAACGCUCCUGUAUUUCUGUCGGGAGAAAACGUUGAGGGCUGUAACAAACGUGACGAAGGAGUUGUAUCACGUGACUCUUCAGCGGGCGACAUAGCGUUGAACAUCAGGGCGUUUGAUAUAGACACCGGUGAUAAUGCUAGGGUAGUCUACUCUUUGCAGGAUAAUCCUGGAAAUUAUUUUGAAAUUACGUCUGAUACUGGGAUGAUUUUUGUCAAUGGGAAUCUUUCAGAUGCGCCUGAACGAGUAACAUUACAUGUUUUGGCUUCGGACGAGGGUGAUCCACCAAAAAACACAACGACUUAUGUAGAUGUAAAGAUAAGCAACUCAACCACCCCAAAGAUCUGGCCACGGGACAAAAACAACCCAAAUCUAGUUAUCAAAGACAACACCAGAACAGACGCUCUGAUUUCUCACGUGUCCUUUGGAACCGUCUUGACGACGGCAAAAUUAAUUGUGAAAUGCCAAUCUUCCAGCCAGACCGACUUAUUCAGAAUAGAAUUAACGACAGAUGACAAAGGGUUCAAUUUAUUUGCUGCAGGAGACUUUGAUAACGAAAAAGAUACUAAAGUGGUGGAAGUCAGAGUGUACACGAAUUCUGAACAAACCUUCGAAGAUUCAUAUUUCCUGUUUUCCAUCAAUGACACGAACAACAAAAGACCGAUAUUUGUUAAUAGGGAGAAUCCUGAUAUUGGUAAGAUAGAGUUCAGCGUUCAGGAAGAACAAGCAAUAGGAGAGGAAGUAGGCAUGUUGUUAGCCCAUGACGAGGAUAGGACGCCGCCCUUUAAUGAGGUGACAUACAAGACUAGGUUGAACGACAGCAGUUUCACGGUGGAUGACAGCAGUGGUGUGAUAAGUACCCUGAUCAAAUUUGACCGCGAAAAUUUGACAGGAGGUGGUCUGGAUUUAAAUGUGGUAGCCAUGGAUGGAUACCCUUCCUCAUUACCUAGUCGAAUUGGUCCCAACACAGGAUCGGCAAUUGUGCACAUCACUAUUGAAGAUAUCAACGACAACCCACCUUUCUUUGCUAAAAGUGCCUACUACUUUCCUGUGGCGGAGAACGCACCAAUAUCUGCCAGUAUAGGGAUAAUCAGUGCCCUAGAUAAAGAUGCCCCGAAAACAUCCAUUUAUACCAAGUAUUCAAUUGGAGAAUCUAGGUAUUUUGGGGUAGAUGAGAAUAAUGGAAAUAUCUUCGUGGCAGGAAUUUUAUUUGGCCAAGCAAAUAAGAAUAUUUCCAUAAACUUCACUGCUGACGAUGGAAGAUACGCAGCUUCCGUUCCUGUAUAUAUUGGUGUACAGAAGAACUACAACAGACGCCCAGAAUUCCAGGGGAAUUACGAUAUCAAAAACAUAGUGGCUCACAGAAACUACAACGAGUCGUUAUUUCAAGUGAAAGCAAAUGAUCCAGACUGUGAAGUAGAAUGUAACUUGAGAUAUGACAUCAUUUCCUCUGAAAACGUAAUAUCACGUGUUUUGAGAAUUGACCAUGUGACUGGAAACGUAUUCCUCCUGGAACCACUAGACACUAGGUCAUACGUUUUCAGUGUGAAAGUGACAGAUAGUUCAUCGAGCAGGAGAAGGAAGCGAUCACUUGCUGCUAAAAAUGCCUACACAACGGUUUCAAUCAAUCCAGCUGUAUGUAAUACACACCAAGAUGCAAAUGAAAAUGGUAUAUGUGUUUGUAUAGACUAUUGUAAGAAUAGCGCCGCCAUCUGUCAAAAUGGCGGCACGUGCCGCCUGAAUUGUACGUCUGGGUCAGAGCGUGGCUAUUACUGUGAGUGUCCUCAGGGGUUCAGUGACUGGGACUGUAGCGAGACCGUGAGCGUCACUUCAUCCACUAUUGUUGACGAAGAAGGAAACAACACAUGGUUGAUUGUACUGCUUGUUUGUAUAGCAGUUGUGUGUGUGGUGAUUAUUCUUGUGGUGUCUCUCCUGAUCAUGAGGCGACGGAACAAGGACAAAGACAAGAGUAUGUUUGCCUAUGACAACGAUGAUUAUGACAUCAGGGAAGACGUCAUGGAUUAUGAUGAAGAUGGUGCAGGAGAGGAUGACUACGCAGGAUACGACAUUUCAGUUAUAAGAAAACCGGUGACCGCAAGAGAGGAAAUCAUACCAAAGUCAAGGACAACAGCAGACAGACCAAACACUUCGGCAGGACCAAGCUCUGGUCAUUUACAAGAAUUCAUUAAUGAUCGUCUGGAUGACGCAGAGGACGACAGUGGCGCCCCACCUUAUGAUACUUUACACGAGUUUUUGUACGAAGGCGAAGGAAGUCUCGCAGGAUCCCUCAGCUCCAUCAACACAUCAUCAAGUGGAGGAGAACAAGAUUACGAAUAUCUCAAUGAAUGGGGUCCAAAGUUUGCCAAACUUGCUGAUAUGUAUAACACAUACGAAGAUUCCGACUAAUCGUGAGCAAGAAAACAGCUGCCUCAAAUCACCAUGAUCAAUCGUGACUUUUCUAGUCCACUGACAUCACCUAUAUUUUAACAUCAUAUGCAUAUUUUCGUUUCUUUAUAUAGCCAUACAAAUAUAUUUCAUGACAGUUGCUUUUGGGUUAAUUGCAGUGUUGAAUUUUGUGCCAUAAUAGAAUAUAUUCCUUGUGUGUUGGUCAUAGAAUCUGGAUGAUGACAAUGAAUUGUAAAUAUGGUGCUGAUGAAAGUAAUUUAUAGAUUUUUUAAAAAUAAAAAAAUGGCCAUUUUACGGGCUGAUAUUGGUAUGUGACAGAAAUGUUGCAUAUCAUUGAGAUUGCUGAGAACACUUUUCUAUGUUUAGCAACAAGAGAGGUUAAAGACUGCAAAUCUCCUCCAAGGUUUUUAAGUCUGAGGAACAUUUUCAGAACACAAUUAUCUUCUGCUUCAUUACAUUGUUGCUCAUCCACAAAUCGCUCCCCAAAAGACAUGGGUCACUGAAAAUUAAUGAAUCUGAAUUGUUUUGAUUUUUAUAUAUUUUGUAGCUGACAGUAUUUGUAACUCAUUAUAAAAGUAUCAUAUAUUGUUUUCCUGGGAAUUGUGAUGCUACGGUUGUCAUAGUAACCUCUCUUGUAGACUUUCCGUAAUAAAUGGUACAGGUGUUUCAGAUGGUGUUUAAAAUUUAUACAAAAAGAGUAAGUGAUAAUAUAUGUUCAGGUUUACUAUGAGCACUAUAAUUAUUUCCUUAUGUAAUUACUGCAGGUGAUAAUAUAGAUAAGUAUGCACCUUACAUGUAUUUGUUUUAACUCGUAUUAAAACUAUAACAAUG